CCGAGGCGAGUCGUAGCAACUAGCUCGUGAAUAAGGUUAUGUUCGGCAAAGUCAUAGUUUAACCGUCAAAAACGACAAAUUUACGUUUUCCACAGGGCAAAUCAUAUUAACUGCGAAAUGGAAAUUUCCGACGAAAACUUGCAGACGCUGGGCCGUUACUUGCAAGAGACGUUAAGUCCCGACAUCAAUGUUCGUCGACCCGCCGAAAAGUUUUUGGAAGGAGUGGAGGUCAAUCAGAAUUAUCCGCUGUUACUUUUAAACUUUAUUCACAAGCCUGAUGUGGAGAUGCCCAUUCGCAUUGCCGGGGCCAUCGCAUUUAAAAAUUAUAUCAAAAGGAAUUGGAAUGUUGAGGAUGAUCAAGUCGAUAGAAUUCAUGAGACAGACCGGCAGGCAAUAAAAAAUCUGAUUGUCAAUUUGAUGUUAACAUCUCCCGAAUCAAUUCAAAAGCAAUUGAGUGAUGCCAUCAGUAUCAUUGGUAAAACAGAUUUCCCUCUUAAAUGGCCGGAGCUAAUUACACAGAUGGUGGAAAAAUUUGCCACAGGUGAUUUCAAUGUUAUAAAUGGAGUAUUGAGAACAGCUCAUUCCUUGUUUAAGAAAUACAGAUAUGAAUUCAAGUCCAAUGAGUUGUGGACAGAAAUUAAAUAUGUGCUGGAAAAAUUAGCCCAACCCUUAACUGAUUUACUCCAAGCAACUAUGAAUCUUUCACAGACUCAUGCAAAUGAUCCAAAUGCCCUGAAAGUUAUUUAUGGUUCUUUAGUGUUGAUUUGUAAAGUGUUUUAUUCGUUGAAUUUCCAAGAUUUGCCAGCAUUUUUUGAAGACAAUAUGCAGGCCUGGAUGUCAAACUUUCAUAAUUUAUUAGUAGUUAAUGUACAGAGUUUAAAAACAGAGGAUGGAGAACAAGCUGGUGUAAUUGAGCAGUUAAAGUCACAAGUUUGUGAUAACAUAGCUCUUUAUGCUCAAAAAUAUGAUGAAGAAUUUCAACCUUAUUUACCACAAUUUGUUACUGAUGUAUGGGGUUUAUUAGUUGCGACAGGAUUAGAGCCAAAGUAUGAUAUGUUGGUGUCAAACUCAUUACAAUUCUUGUCCACUGUGGCCGAGAGGAACCACUACAGAAACUUAUUUGAAGAUAAUAAUGUUUUGAGCAGCAUUUGUGAAAAGGUUAUCAUCCCCAAUAUGGAAUUUAGAGUCUCUGAUGAAGAGCUGUUUGAAGACAACCCAGAGGAAUACACCCGUCGAGAUAUUGAAGGUUCUGAUGUGGACACAAGAAGAAGGGCAGCUUGUGAUCUUGUCAACACUUUAAGUACUCAUUUUGAGGCAAGAAUUAUGGAGAUAUUCGGGCAAUAUUUGCAAGUUAUGCUUGGAAAAUACAGUGAGAAUGCAAAAGAGCACUGGAAAAGCAAAGAUGCUGCUCUCUAUUUAGUAACAUCCCUUGUAAGCAGAGGAUCUACCCAAAAACAUGGGGUAACUCAAACUAGUCAACUUGUUUCUGUGCCUCAAUUCUGUCAGGAACAUGUGUUACCUGAACUUCUAAGAGAGAAUGUUAAUGAAUUGCCAGUUUUAAAGGCUGACGCCAUUAAGUAUAUUAUGACAUUUAGAUCGAUUCUUCCAAAAGAAAUGGUGGUAUCUACCAUCCCUCAAUUGAUUGCACACAUGAGAGCUGAAAGCGCUGUCGUCCACACUUACGCAGCUUGUGCUCUGGAAAAAAUAUUGAUUUUAAAGGAUUCUACAAAUCAGCCACUGGUAAAUUCAGCACAGCUUGAACCUUUUGCAACAGUUCUAUUCACCAAUUUGUUUGGUAUAUUAGAUAGUCCCGUUUCUGAAGAAAAUGAGUAUGUUAUGAAAGCUAUAAUGAGAUCAUUUUCUACAUUGCAAGAUAAGGUUAUUCCAUUUUUGAGCGUAGCUUUACCUAAAUUAACGACAAAGUUACAAACUGUUGCCAAAAACCCUUCAAGGCCUCAUUUUAAUCAUUAUUUAUUUGAAACAUUUUCACUAGCAAUAAGAAUUGUUUGCAAACAAAAUCAGUCAGCAGUUAGUUCAUUUGAAGAUAUAUUGUUCCCAAUAUUCCAAGGCAUUUUGCAGCAAGAUAUUCAAGAGUUUAUCCCAUAUAUUUUCCAAUUAUUGUCGCUUCUUAUGGAAAACACUCCACCAGGAUCUGUUUCUGAAUCCUACAUGCAGUUACUUCCUUGCUUGCUUGCACCAGUCUUAUGGGAAAGACCUGCAAAUAUCAGUCCCUUGGUUAGAUUGUUGAGCGCCUUUGUUACCCAAGCUGCUCCACAGAUAGUAAGCCAGGAUAAAUUGAAUGGGUUCCUGGGAGUUUUCCAAAAAUUAAUUGCAUCAAAAUCAAAUGACCACGAGGGUUUCCAUCUCAUGCAGUGCAUAAUUGAAAAUGUACCAGUUGAAGCACUUCAACCAUACAUAAAGCAGAUAUUCUUCUUGUUAUUCCAAAGGUUGUCAUCAAGUAAAACUACUAAGUUUGUUAUAAAUUUGAUUGUAUUUUUCUGUUUGUUUGCCGUCAAGUUCUCUGCAAGUGAAUUGAUCUCAACUAUUGAUGGUAUUCAAGCUCAGAUGUUCGGAAUGGUGUUGGAAAAACUACUAAUUGGAGAGUUGCAAAAAGUUGCAGGAACUGUUGAAAGGAAAAUUGCUGCUUGUGGCACCAUAAAAUUGCUGUGUGAAAGUUCAGAAAUGUAUACUGGUGCAUACCAGAAGUAUUGGCCACAGCUGUUACAAGCUCUACUUUCUUUUUUCGAAAUGCCUAGAGAUGAAAGCAGUCUGCCGGAUGAUCAUUUUGUGGAGAUUGACGACACACCAACAUUCCAGGCUACAAGUGCAAAAUUAAAUUUUGCCAACACUUCUAAAGCUGAUCCACUGCAAGCGGUUGGUGAACCACGCCAGUUCUUGAUUCAAAGCUUAUCCACAUUAGGUACCUCUCAACCUGGACGUUUACCAACUUUUAUUGCCAAUGCAAAUCAACAAACACAAACAAUUCUUCAAGGAUACCUAACAAAGUAUGGGGUUCAACUUGUAUAAUGUUUCUGUAUUCUGUUAGUUUUUAUGGACUGAAUAUAUGUUUAAUGUACUAAUUACUAGUUAUUUUAAAUAGUUAUGUAACAUUUCUGUAUUAACGAAAUUAUUUUUGUAAACAAUAAAUGCGAUUCGUUUUUAUUA